UGGGUGAGAAGGGACAUAAGGUGGGCUCUCCCUCUCACCAUUAUCACACCUUUGAGACAAAAUAUCCCCUCAACCAUCACCCUCCCACAUUAUUUCGACCAAGACACCAAAAUAAGUGAGAAGAGGUCUGCAACUUCUCAUCUCCAUGUCCAAAAACCGAGCUCAAGGUUGAAGGAGGCUCAAGGAAGAAUAAAAGCUUGGAAAAGAAGAGAAAAACUUAGAAAAAUCAAGAGGUGUAGCAUGCAGGGUUGGAAGGUUAGUUUUGACCAUGAAUGGAGUUAUGACCGGAGUAAGACCGGUUCACCGGAAAACACCUUCUCGGAAGGUUUUGACGUUUAUACCACUUUUGGUUGUGAAACCUUGUUAGGAAUUUUACCAAGGUAUUCUAUACUUCUCAAGGAAUCUAGGAGUGGCCGGAAAGUCGCCGGAGCCGCUGGAGUUUUCACCGGAAAAUUCAAAGGUCGUCGGAGUUCAAACAAAUAGGAUAAAAGCUUGUUAGCGUCAUUUCAAGGUUGAAGCUAGAGCUUACUUCCUGCACCCGUUGCUCGGGAGAUCGAUGGAGAGAAGACGUGGUUCGUGCUUCCUCUCAUUCUAUUUUUAAAUAAUUAAAUAAUGCUCAUGGAACUAUUUUGACUUAUAAAUUAAUGGAGCCUGCGAGCUCUUGUUUUACCCUUGUGUGGGUUCUUAUUAAACACUUAUAUUCCGCUAUGUGUUUAAUUGUAUGUUGAUGUUGUUAUGUAUGUUUACUAAUCGGUUUUGGCAUACGUA